AUGAAUGGUGAUCUCAAGCUACGCUAUUUCCAAACCCUCAUUAAGCUGGGAUACAAGGAGAUUGAAGUCUCUUAUCCCUCUGCCUCACAGACCGAGUUCGAUUUCACGCGAUACCUCAUAAGUACCCCUGGUAUUGUGCCCGAUGACACGUGGAUCCAAGUCAUGGCGCCUUGUCGCGACGAACUCAUUCAAAGAACGAUUGAGGCCGUCCGGGGUGCGAGGAAAGUCGUUUUGCACAUACAUCUCUCUACAUCUGAUCUUUUCCGCGAAAUCGUCUAUCUAAUGACAAAGGGAGAGAUGAUAGACCUUGCUGUUCGGUGCAUGAGGAUGAUUCGCGAACUCACGAAAGACUCCCUAGAUGCCGAGAUGCGGAAAACUGAAUGGACGAUGGAAUUUACCUUGGAAAACUUUCAAGAUACAUCCGUGGAAUUUGCACUUGAAAUCUGCGAAGCUGUGAAGGCAGCCUGGGAGCCGACCACUGAGAAUAAAAUCAUUUUCAAUCUUCCAUCAACUGUCGAGAUAUCUAUGCCGAACGUCUUCGCAGACCAGAUCGAGCUCUUCUGUAGGGGUAUCUCCGAGCGAGAAAAGGUCUGUGUAUCAGUUCAUCCACACAAUGACCGGGGAUGUGGCGUGGCGGCAGCCGAGAUGGCUCAGCUGGCUGGUGCAGAUCGAGUUGAAGGAUGUCUAUUCGGGAAUGGCGAACGCACUGGAAACGUUGAUCUCGUCACGCUGGCUCUGAAUUUAUAUACUCAGGGCAUAUCACCCAGAGUUAACCUGGGCAAUUUGAAUGAGGUUGUCGCGAUGGUAGAGGACUGCACUAAGAUCCCCAUCCAUCCUAGAGCUCCCUAUGCAGGAAAGUAUGUGUUUUGCACAUUUACCGGUACGCACCAGGACGCUAUUCGAAAGGGAUAUAACCAGCUCCAAGAGAGUGGGAAACAUGAUGCCACACAGGUCCCCAAGCAACACGAAGCUAUUGUGAGGGUGAACUCGCAAAGUGGGAAAAGUGGCGUUGCCUGGCUUCUCGAGGAGAGUUUCCACAUUCAUAUGCCCCGAGAGUUGGAAAUUGAGUUCACAAAGAUCGUCAAAACAUAUGCGAAUAUGAGUGGUUUUGAGAUUACUCAGGAGACUAUCCGUCGCUUGUUCCGGGAACACUACAUGCAUGCUGAUUCUGAAAAAGCCAGGCUGUUGGAUUGCAGAGCCGAUGAGACCAAAGGAGAUCGGGUUGUUACACAAGUGCAACUUAAAGUUGCAGUCGAGGGGUCAGAACACGAUCUUGAAGCAACUGGAAGUGAACUAUUACCGACCAUACUCGAUGCCCUGAAGCCGUUGGGCUAUGGCUUCGAGGCAUUGAACAGCCAAAUGCAAUACACAACCAACCGGGAUACAAUCACGAGUUUCGUCAGGCUAGGCACAUCCGAGAACUUCGCUGCAUGGGGUGUUGGCAUGCAUAAAGACACGGCGUGGGCCGUGUCACUUGCCAUUUUAGCGGCAGGCCAAAAGAUGAUGGCAGAGAAGGUCAACAGCUUCUUCUCCAACUAG